AUGGACCCCUUGGCAGGAGGAUGGGCUACAGCACCGGAUGGGCGAUACGCAUGGGGUUACUGCUACCUUAGAGAACAAGGUAACCCUCCUAGCUACUGUGUUCAAAGUUCUCAAUGGCCAUGUGCUCCUGGCAAGAAAUAUUACGGAAGAGGCCCCAUCCAAAUUUCAUACAACUACAAUUAUGGGCCUUGUGGGAGAGCCAUUGGGGUGAACCUCCUAAACAACCCAGAUCUGGUGGCCACAAACCUAGUCGUCUCAUUUAAGUCAGCAAUUUGGUUUUGGAUGACAGUUCAAGCACCAAAUCCAUCUUGUUACGAUGUGAUCACGGGGCGAUGGACACCAUCAGCUGCAGAUAGAGCAGCCAACCGCCUCCCAGGAUAUGGGGUCAUAACAAAUAUCAUCAACGGGGGAUUGGAAUGUGGGCGCGGCUCCGACGCUAGGGUCCAAGAUCGUAUUGGAUUUUAUAGGAGGUACUGUUCCAUUCUUGGAGUAAGUCCUGGAGACAACAUUGACUGCGCCAACCAGAGGUCCUUCAACUCUGGCCUCUUACUUGAUAACACGUAAUCGCCUCACUUUUGCAUUUAUUUUCACCCAC